GCUACUCAGGAGAAACGAAAUGAUCUGCCCUGGAGCCGCAGCAAAAUGCUGGAUGGACACCUACUCCUGGGAUGGUUAUCGUUCACAGUUAUAGUGUAUCUUCUCAACUUGCCUGGACCAACCGCAGCGUAUUUCGGGUUGACAGGUAAUGAACCGUUGUCUAUCCUGCCACUGAACUCUCUACCAGAGGAGAACGUGGGCAGGGCCCACUACAAGCUGUGCGACCGGCUCAAACUGGAAAAGAAGCAGCGCAGGAUGUGCAGACGAGACCCGGGUGUGGCGGAGACUCUGAGAGAGGCCAUCACCAUGAGCGCCCUAGAAUGCCAGUAUCAGUUCCGCUUCGAGAGAUGGAACUGCACCUUAGAGGGGCGCCACCGAGCCAACAUACUAAAGAGAGGAUUUAAAGAGACAGCCUUCCUGUACGCCAUCUCCUCAGCGGGACUCACCCACGCCAUGGCCAAAGCUUGCAGCGCUGGACGCAUGGAGCGCUGCACGUGUGACGAGGCCCCGGACCUGGAGAACCGCAAGGCGUGGCAGUGGGGUGGCUGCGGAGACAACCUCAAAUACGCAAACAAGUUUGUCAAGGACUUCCUGGGCAAACGCUCCAACAAGGACCUGCGUGCACGCGUGGACAUGCACAACACAAAUGUGGGCAUGAAGUUAAUCAAGGCCGGAGUGGAGACCACUUGCAAAUGCCAUGGUGUCUCCGGCUCCUGCACGGUCCAGACCUGCUGGAGGCAGCUCCAGCCCUUCCACGAGAUCGGCAAGCAGCUAAAACAGCGAUACGAGACCUCCAUUAAGGUCGGCAGCUCCACCAACGAGGCGACGGGGGAGGGAGAGAUCUCCACAGGCCGGAGCCAGCAGCAGCAGCAGCAGCAGCAGCAACAACAACAGCAACAACAACAGCAGCAACCACAUCAUGAGCAGCAGCAGCAGCAGCCCCUGCCUGGCCUCAACGACCAGAUCCCUCGCACUAUGGACUUGCUCCACAUCGAGGACUCGCCCAGUUUCUGUAGGCCCAGCAAGUACUCAUCGGGCACGGCGGCCCGUAAGUGCUACAAGGACAAGAACUGCGACGCUAUCUGCUGCGGACGAGGCCAUAACACUCAAAGUAGGGAGGUGACCCGGCCCUGCCAGUGCCAGGUGCGCUGGUGCUGCUACGUCGAAUGCAAGCAGUGCACACAGAGAGAAGAGGUCUAUACCUGCAAAGGGUAAACCUGUCGACCUCUGCGAUCAGUGGAGGCAAGAGAAAGAUGGUCGUGUUGAAGAGGAGUAGUCGUUUUGCUCUCAAACAAGGUUUUUCUUCCACUGUCGGAACAAUUUUCUGCAAACAAAAGAAGAGCGAGUCGAUGGAGGAGCAAUAAGCACUUUGAGGGAUUUCUGUGGGUUGGGUGUCAGAGGUCCUGUGGCCCCCCUGUCUGUUUGCAGAUCAAAAAAACCUUCUCAGACAACUGGGUCAACAUCUCAAGCUUUUUUUGUUUUGUUUUUUAAAUCACGGCUUUGCCUUGGAGAGAAGCUUUUAUUUUCCUAUUGAAUAAAAAAAAUCUAAUUUCACAAGAGCGUCCAGUUGAUGAGGAUCCAACACGAGGACAGUAACACCAACAGACUGGUUUCUGGGGUCUGGCCCAAAGAAGAAUGGCGUGUGUGUGUGUGUGUGUGUGUGUUUGUCAAUCUUUACAUGUGUGUUUGUACGUGAGCACGUGAGAGGGGGAGGGGUGUUAGAAUGACGACUUUUAUGGCAAUGAAAACCAUAUUCAGAGACUGCUAAAAAGAAAAAAAAGACAGGGUGUAAGAUUUACUCUACACGCACAUAUUUACACUCACACACAUUGUGUGUUUGCAUAUGUAUGUAAAUAAAUUCAGUUAUAUUGUAAUGAUAUUAUACAAGCCACUUAUCUAACUAUGUUAAAACAAACCACUAACCACACAAAUGUUUUGUUGUUUGUGUGCUCUCGCUCGUUUUUCUUCUUGAUUCAUGUCGACAAGGCCCUUUGGAAAGCAGCACACUUGUGUCCGUCGUCUUGCCGUGGAUAAUUUAUAGAUCCUUUGGGACUACUCCUUCACAGGGAGAAAAAAAAACAAUCUAAUUUUUUUCUUUUUUGUAAAAAUAUAAUAUGAAGCUGUUAGUAAAUGCAUUAACAGAAAAUAAUUAAACCAGUCAGUUUAGGCUAUUCUCAGCCUUGAGCGAACCAAUGUUCAGGGAAUAACUUAAACCACUAGAACUAUUUGGAUAAAAUAGGAAAGAAAUCAUGCAAAUACACAUAUUAUCCAAGUUGGACAGAUGACAGUGGCCUACAACAGGUGAUCACGUGACCAGCAAACAGUCCACGUGUGACUCACAGCAGAAAUUAUAGAGCUCCUCGGAGCUUGAAUCUUUUUUUUUGUUUUGUUUUAACUUUUAAUACUUUGAAGUUGUAAAGAAAACUGUGGAGAACUGGAGGAAUGUAGCCCCCUACCAUUUCACAUCCUUUCCUCUUCAGCUGCCACAAUAUGAUUGAGCCAUAUUCAACACGUGUAGACAUGUAGCACGUACAGGAGAGAGCUGCAUCGGUCAGUCCAAACAGUGAGGGGCAACCAAGACGGAAAUCUAACUUGACGUGUCUGCAGAGUUGCUCAAGUGAAGAUGAAUGUGUAAGUCUCGUAGCUUAUAUAAAUAUAUUUUAUAAAGACUAAUAUUUGUGUAAUGUUCGGCAAAUUGAUGUCUCAAUGCAAACAUUGGCAAGUCAUUCAGAAGUCAGUGAAGUUGUUAUAAUACACAUUUUUCAAAUUGUUGCCUGGCACAAAGUGACACACUUAUCUAAAUGCAGCAAACUCAACCCUGCCAUGCAACUACAGUGACACUUUACAGGAAUAGUUUGACGUUUUGGGAAAUACUGAUUAACCUUCUUGCUGAGAGUUGGAUGAUUGAUACCACUCUGGUGUUAAAUGCUGCCUUUAAAUGAGGCUGUGUGCAUCGUGUUCACAAGAAGAGUUCAUGAACACCACCUCUCGUGGUAUUCACAACCUCGUAGGCAGAAAUUUUCUGAAAGGUUGUGAAGGUUUGAAGCUAUAGAAGUUAAUUUUCCAGGGGAUCGGCUAUAUAAUGGUUUUAGAAGUGUAGAGUUUUUUUUGUCAUAAUAUGUCUGAAGAAUGUUGAUAUUCCCAACAGCCUUUGCAAUUCCUGCACCAUGCUACCCACUUGCUAAAUUGUUAGCCUUGGUGGCUUUUGAACAGAAAUAUUAAAAUGUAUUAUUAGCAUUCACGUUGCUGUUGGAACCUGCUGAACCUCAAACAGGUUUCAAGUUUUUCAAGUUUCAUUUGAAGACAGCAAAACUCAACACAUAGCCGGUUAGCCUACUUUAGCAUAAAGGUUGUAGUUAGCAUGCUAAUCAGUGAGCUUUACAGAUGCUGGUAAGCAGAUUUUAUUACCUGUGCACAAUGUCAGGCUAACUCUUUACCCCCUAUUUUCAGUCUUUAUGCUAAGCUAAGCUAACUGGCCGCGAGCUGUAAUUUAUAACAGGCACAGGUGUAAGAGUGGUAUCGUUCUUAUUAUCUCUCAGCAACAACGCAAAUCAGUUCCCAAAAUGUUGAACUAUUGCUUGAAGACAAAACCAUAAAAUCAAAGUUUCAGUUUUAUAAGAAAUGCCUCUGAACACAAACAAUGCAGACAAUAUUUCAUUGUAUUCUCAGCACUUAGCUUCUGGGAACAUUGUUAUAUACUUUAAGAUAUGCCUUGUUUUAGAUGGGUAUGAAUUAACUACUGAGUGAGGGACCCAGCUUUGUAUUAUAGCGCCAUCCACGCACUGAAGCCCAAAAGCCCUUUAAAGUAUUUUAAGAUCUGUAUUUAUGGAUACAGUGCAGUGCAGAUUUAAAAAAAAUUGUAAAUAGCAAAGGUUUCUUCUCCUGUGGUAUAGAGACAAAAGUGAGGCACAUGUUCAACUCUCACAAGCAACAGAAACACAAAUUGGUAGCAAUAGGAGACGUUUGUGGAGACAGCACACAGCUGCUGUAACGAGACGGUCACAGAUUGUAAUCAGCGACGCAGCGCCAUGCCAAACAUCCUUAAAAGCAUCUUUUGCCUUUAACAGAUGGUUUAAUUUUUAAAGAUGAUUAUCACAGUUUUUGAAAUUAAAGCACCGUUCUUAACAGCGGUAUCAUGCUUUAGGAAGAGAGCCUUGCAUGAGUUAUUUGUCCUGAGGAGAUGAAUUCCAAGCAUUUUGAUAUGAGAAGGCAUGCCAAAUAAAGACUGGUCAAAACAUAUACAUAGAACUUUGCACGCUACAUGGAAACCAUAAUAGCUAUGCUGAGACCUGAAGCUUAAAUGCCUGCUUCCCACAGCUUUCAGUGCAUGCGCGUGCUGC